GAGCUUUGGGCGAGUGCUAAUCGGCGUAAUUGCUCUAAUUGCAUGAAAAUUUUUAGUAUAGAAUUGAUCUAGAUUAUAGGCCUAUAUCUAAUAUUUAUAAUAUUUAAAGCAUGUUUUAGUUAUUCCGUACCAUUUUAUUUACUUAGUUAUAAUAUAAAAAAUUUGUCCUGAUAUAAAAUAAGUCUAGAAAUGUUUUGGAGUUUACUGGCCUUGCUUAUUAUUAUAAUUUCUUAUUACAUUUUGGAUUGGAUUAUACGAUCAAUGAGAAUUGGCAAGGCCAAUGAGAAAUAUAUUCUCAUAACUGGAUGCGACAGCGGAUUUGGACGGGCUCUUGCAAUACACUUGGACUCAGUGGGCUUCCAUGUAUUUGCUGGCUGUUUGACUGAAAAUGGGGCCAAAUUUUUAUCAGAGAAAUGUUCAUCCAACGUGGCAACCUUUCUGCUUGAUGUUACUGAUGCUGAAAGUAUUCAACAUGCUCUACAUUUUGUGAAGCUUCGGUUGCCUCAAGAAAAAGGACUAUGGGGCUUGGUCAACAACGCAGGGGUUGUGGGAACAUUAGGAGCGAUAGAAUUGUACUCUGCUCAAGACUACAAGCAAGUCAUCAAUGUCAACUUGCUUGGUCCAGUUGAAAUGGUUAGAAAUUUUCUUCCGUUGAUCAGAAAAUCUCAGGGAAGGAUCGUUAACGUUUCCAGCAUGUGUGGGAGGUUCCCCACUGGAGUCACACCUUACAGCUGCUCCAAGUUUGGAGUGGAAGCAUUUUCUGAUAUAUUGAGGCGAGAAGUUUACAAUCAAAAUAUCAAGGUAUCAAUCAUAGAGCCAGGUGGAUUUAGAACUGGUCUCGCUGAUGUUGAUGUCAUGAUUGAAGCAACUAGAAAGUGUUUUGAGAGAGCUAGCCCUGAUGUACAAAGCCAUUAUGGGGAAGAUUUUAUUGCCAAAAAGAAAGAAGUGUUGUCAAACAUGUCAAAGGAAUGUAACCCUGACCUUCAGCCUGUUGUGGAUGCCAUGACCCAUGCCCUCACUGCCAGAUUCCCCAGGACCAGAUACGUUGUUGGAAACUUUGCCAAGUAUUUCUAUAUUCCAUUAUCCUAUCUGCCAGACUGGUUGUCUGACUGGGUUGUAAAAGCAACUGAUAUGGAGUAACAGCAGAUUUAUCUGCACUCUUUCUUGUUGAAGAUUAACAAUGGCUAUAUAUCUAGUCUGAAAUUUUCUUGUCAAAAUAAAAUUGUGCCAAA